AUGCCUGACUCCCAGGAACCAACUCUCACAAUAACUCCACCGGGAAUGGCGGUGCCCGAACAUGGUGGCCUGGCGAAGAGGCGCCAGCAAAGACUGUUGACCUCCGGCCCAUUUGAGUUUACGAAGCUUUCGUCGCAGAUCGAACUACUGAUGGCCCGCUCGCGGAUGGCGAGUGUGGAUGACCCAAGUCACAUCACCAAGUACCAGCCAAAAGGGACUUUUCAGAGUGCUAGUAGUAUCGUGAAGGCGAGAGGAUUUGGGGGACUGUAUUCCGGGUUUCACCUUCACUUUAGUGGGUACAUCUUUGAUUUGUGA